CCCAGGAAGGACCCGACACGAGGGAAAGUCCCCGGCCAGGCCCCUUCCUGGCCCACAGGAUUUGCCCAGGCUGAAAAGGAAAAUAAGUCAAAGUCAGAGUGUUUCCGGGCAUCAGGUGACCGUCUCGGAAAGGCUUCUGCUUCUCAGGCUUCCUGGGGCUCUGUUUACCUGGAUGACAAUAAAGCUGCCAGCUGGGGCCAGCUUUGCUGCUGCCUGAACCCUCCCCUCGUCCACCCCAUGCAAAGCACCCAUGGCAAGAAGGCGUUGCCCUCGGGGCCUGCUCCCUGCCAGCUGCUGCCCCAGGAGGUGCCCGCUGCCAGCCAGCUCAAAGUCACCUCUGCUCCUGCCUUGGGGACUGUGCCAACGAGGAACCCCUCAAAGCGGCAAGAACCAGUUUUUGUUGGGCAAUAAUUAAUCGGAUUCCUUACAUUCCUUGGCCGCAGCGGGACUGCUGCCCUAGGAUGAGCGACAGCAGAGCUGAGCCCGGGGCCUGGCAUUUGGACAUGCAGUUUACUGGAAAGCUGGUGCUCUCUGCCACUGCCCUGCUCCUGGGGACUCUGGUGUACAAGCUGUACAAGUCCCGGCCGGCCCGCAACCCACCUGCAGGGGGGACAGCAGCCCCUGAUGCCCCCGCCCCCGAGGAGCCAGAGGUAGCCGGGCAAGCCGAGCCGGCCAGGACCUCGCCCGCAGCUCACAGGCGGCGGCGCCGGGGCAGCCGGGAGGAAGGAGCCAAAGGCGCCCCGCCGCCGGAGGGGGCCGGGGGGGCCUGGGACCGCAGGGACCUCGGAGGCACACGUCCAGGGGCAGCCCCGGACAGAGAGGAGCCCAUCCCUGGGGAAUUCCCAGCCUGGGACCGUGUGGAGGAGAAAGCCGUCGGGCCGGGUAAGCACGACCUCCCCCAUCUUGAUGACGGUGCCAGGGAGCUCGAAAACCCCCCGCCUGGACUCGGCCAAGCCCACAGCGAAGCCGCCUGCCCCGGUGACGCCCGGCCAGCGCCUGGGCUCCUCCUAGAGCGCGCCGGGGGGCCCAGGGAGGAGGAGGAGCUCUGGGGUGCCCCGUGCCCGGGAGACAUGGAGAGGAGCUGGGUUUUCUCCCAAGCUGCUGGGGUGAGCCAGGAGAGGCGGGGGCUCCUCAGGGCCACCUCGGACCUGGGCCUGGCUGUCAGCCAGAGGGCCGGGGAAGCGGGUACCUCCUACGUCUUCUCGUCGCAGGCCAGGGCCCAGGUAGAGGAGAACUGGCUGGGGGAGCAGACGCCGGGGGAGCGGGCCAGGGGGCAGCGGGAGGCCUCUGCCGGCCCGGGCCUGAGAGGAAAGAUCUAUGACUACUAUGUGGAGUCGACCUCCAGGUCCAUCUCCAGCCCGUCUGGCGGCCCUGGAGGGGCCGUCGUGCCUCAGGGCUCGCCCCAGCUUCCCGCCUUUGGGAGGCUUCCAAGCCAACCUCCCGCUGACUUUCCUGAUGCCGAUUGCUUGACCUCCCCAGGCCGGACCCACCCUGCGGGCGCCGCGGAGGCCGUGUCUGAGAGCUCCUCGUCCUCCGGGAACCCCUUUCCGCCCCCCGGGCCCGGCAUCAGCCGGAAGGAGAGCUUCCUGCAAAUCGCAGAGAACCCGGAGUUUCAGCUUCCGCUCGACCCCGCGGGAGCCUCGUCAUCCGGCGCCCUCCCGCUGGCCCGCCGCGCGUCCACCCGGUCUCUGGAUCCCAACGCAGCCGGGGCCGGUCUUGAGCCCAAGGUGGAGUCCGUAGCCGGGACCAAUUUCUUCCAGCUCCCGCUCCUCCCCGGAGCGGCCCAGAACACCCGCCUGGACCUGGGCAACUGCUCCGAAGUGCUGCGGCUGGCCAAGAGGGAGAAGCUGGACGCCCUGAAGGAAGCCGCCUACCAGGUGAUGAGCGACAAUUACCUGCAGGUGCUGCAGAGCGCCGACAUCUACGGGCACCUGAGCGGGGCCGAGCGCGAGCUGGUCCUGCGGCGGCGGCUCCAGGGGCAGAAGUGCCUGGUGGUGGCGGACGUCUGCCCCCAGGAGGGCACCGGCCGCCUCUGUGCCUACGACCAGGAGCGGGACGCCUGGUGGCCCCUGGCCAGCCUGCCCCCCGAGGCCAUCUCCUGGGGGUGCUCCCUCUGCAGCCUCUUCAACUACCUCUUCGUAGUAGCGGGCUGCCCCAGGGCGGGGGGGCAGGCCUCCAACCGCAUGUUCUGCUACAACCCCCUGACGGGCAUCUGGAGGGAGAUGUGCCCUCUGAACCAGGCCCGGCCCCACUGCAAGCUGGUGGUCUUGGACGGCUACAUGUACGCCAUCGGGGGCGAAUGCCUGUACACGGUGGAGCGCUACGACCCUCGCCAAGACCGCUGGGCCUUCGUGGCGGCCCUGCCCAAUGACACCUUCGCCCUGGCCCACACGGCCACGGUCUGCGACGGCGAGAUCUACGUCACGGGCGGCACCCUGCGCUACCUGCUGCUCCGCUACUCGGGCCAGGAGGACCGCUGGCGGGCCAGCCCCACCGGGGGCGGCAAGGACCGCACCGCAGAGAUGGUGGCCGUCAAUGGCUUCCUCUACCGCUUCGACCUCAACCGCAGCCUGGGCAUCGGGGUGUAUCGCUGCAGUGCCCGGACCCGGCUCUGGUACGAGUGUGCCACCUACCGUGUGCCCUACCCGGCCGCCUUCCAGUGCGCCGUGGUGGGCAACCUCAUCCACUGCGUAGGCCGUCAGUUCCACCUCCGCUUCCUGGCCGACUACGUCUCUCCCCGGUUCCUUUCCGGGGACGAGCUCCAACGCUUCCCAUCCCCACAGGGCACGCUCAUACCCACAGUCCUGGCACUGCCUGCCCUCAACAUGGCACAGACCAGGGUCUAGAGAGCCCCUUAUUGCUUGGGAGGGAUCACCCUGAGCCACGCAAUGGCGGAAAGAGACUGGAUUCUAGAAUGGAGAGACCUGGGUGUGAGUCUCACCUCUGGCAUUUGCCAACUGGGUGAUCUUUGGGGGAGUCCCUGCCACUUUCUAAGCCUCAGGUCACCCAUCUGGAAAAUGGGACGAAUAAUACUAACAAUAAGAAUCCUCGCUUCCUACCGUCCAGGUGGUUGUGGGGAAUGGGCUUUGUAAACCUGAAAGCUCUAUACAAAUGUGAAUUGUUCAAAUACUUGGAGCUUUUAUGAGUUCUUUAUGAGGGUACUUCCUUCCUCUGGUGCAUUCCAAAUCCCCCACGACUUAGCAGAUGAUCUUUCGGCCUUGCUGUGGCCAAAACCAUUCCUACUCUGCCAUGGUUCUGGGCUUGGGUUUCUCCACACUGAACUGGGCUGGCUCUCAGUUAACAGAGUUCAGGUUUGGAAAUGGUCCUUUACUGGAAGCCCUUCCAGCUCUAUAGGACACCAGUAGGGUAAAUCUCCCAUCGUGGAGUCAGAAGUCUCAGGUUCAAAUUCUGCCUCUGUCACUCACUCAAUGUGUGACCUUGGGUAAGUCACCUAAACCCUGUUUCCCAAGCUAUAAAAUGAGGGCAUUUGGACUCUGACUUCUGUACUCACUCCUCUCUAGUCCUAUGGACUUGACAGAGUCUAUUUCCUGCUACAUAGUCCUCAAGAAUCUAAAGCCAUCCCCUGGCUUUGAGGAGGCCUCUUGUGAGGCUGGAGUCUUCUCUGCUGUGGUCUCUGAGCCUCAAGUAUACUCAUCUUCAAAAUGGGUAGAAUAUGCAUUCCCCACAAGCUGGUGCUCUGAGGAACCCCAACGGUGAAACAAACUUUCAUUGAACAAAGAGUUAAGAAACACCUGUUGUGUUGGGUUCAGAGACUGCUUAGGGUCCCUGAGAAUGGCUGGGCUCUCUUGGAUAAAGCCUUGCUCCUGAGUCACCAAAGGAAACAAAGUUCAAAUCUGGCUCUGCCAUUUACUUCAUGUGAUAUUUACUUUGCUGGGCCUCAGUUUAUCUGUAAAAUGCAGAGAUUGGACCAGAUGGCUUCUAAGAUCUUUUCCAAAUUCAGGACUAUGAUUCUAUGGCUGUAUUUAGUUAAGAGGACCAAUCUUGGUAUAAAUUCUGCCUUGUUGACUAACUAAAUGACCAUAGUCAAGUCAUUGUAACCUCUACCUGCCUCUGGCCACUCCCUGACACUUAGCUGCUAAGUCAUGGGUUGGCUGCCAUUUUGGAUAGUUAAUGGAGAGAAUGCCGAUACUGGGAGUUUCCAAUAGGAAGUUAUAAACCACUGGUAUAUUCUCAUGACCAAAGCAAACAGUGUGCAGAUAGCUGGAGGCUGGUAAGUGGAAGAGAUUCAAGGAUUCCGAUAGGGACAUGAUCCCUGCCCACAUAGACUCUACAGUGGAUCUGACCUAUGUCUUUGGCAUCUAGGUGAUGAAAUGGAUAAAAUCUUCUUGGACAAGAAGAUACAACUUCAAAUCUGCCCUCAGACACUUAUCUAUGUGAGUCUGGGAAGAGUCAUUUAAACUUGCAGCCUCAGUUUCCUUAUCUGUAAAAUGGGGAUAAUAAUACCACCUACAUUUCAGGCUUGUUGUGAGACUCAAAUGAGGUCAUAUUUGUAAAGAGCUUUGCAAACCCUAAAGCACAAGAUAAUGUUAGCUAUGGUUAUUAUUUUCUCCUGAGCAUCAGGGGCAUAGGUUUUCUGGUAUUUACUGGCAUGAGAGCUAUGGCCAUAUUUGCUUCUCUGUCCUGGCAUGAUGACUGGAAGAAUACUAAUAGUAUAACCAUGAGACACAGAGCUGACCAAUUUGAGGGAUGAAGACUAUUGAGGAAAUGGACAACAGCCUGGCCACCAGUGUGAACUCUGCUAGUAGACUAGUAAUAGAAUUUGGCUCCCAACGUUCCCCAUUCAGAUCAAGUAGAACUUAGGGCACCCAAGUGGGAAGGAGAAAAAAAGCUAUGGAUCUAGAUGCCAUGAGAGGGAGCAAGAAUUCCAAUGAAGCCAAUUAAUAGAAAACUAUGAGGGGUGGCAUGAGCUGCAGGAAUCUUCUCCCAACAUUUUGGAUGUUUCCCUUGAGAAGUUUCCUCCAGGCCCAAAUAUAGCAAAAUCCUGAAAUGCCAAAGCCUCAACCCCACUCUCCUCCACUAAAGCCAUCAUGUUAAUAAGUGACCAAGUAUGCAUCAAAGGAACAGCAAAUGUCAGAGCUGGGAGGAGCCUUGGAGCACAGAAGAUCAUAGCUGGGAGGAGUCUUAGAACACAGAAUGUCAGAGCUAGGAAGUGUCUUAGAAUAUAGAAUUUCAAAACUGAGCCUUAAAACAUGAAAUGUCAGGGCUGGGAGGACCUUUAGAAUGCAGAAUGUCAGAGUCAAAAGGAGUCUUAGAACCCAGAAUGUCAGAGCUGGGAGAACCUUUAGAACACAGAACAUCAGAAUUGAGAGGGGUUCUUAGAACACAGAAUGUCAGAGGUAGAAAGAAACUUAGAACACAGAAAUUUCAGAGCUGGGAGAACCUUUAGAACACAGAAUGUCAGAACUGAGAGAGGUUCUAAGAACACAGAAUGUUAUACCUAGAAGGAAACUUAGAACACAGAAAUUUCCGAGCUAGAAGGACCCUUAGAACCCAUAAUGUCAGACCUGGGAGGACCCUUAGAACACAGAAAUUUCAGAACUGGGAGAACCCUUAGAACAAAGAAUGUCAGAGCUAGAAAGAAACUUGGGACACAGAAAUUUCAGAGCUAGGAGAACCCUUAGAACACAGAAUUUCAGAACUGAGAGGAGUUCUUAGAACACAGAAUGUCAGAACUAGAAGGAAACUUAGAACACCGAAAUUUCAGAGCUGGAAGGACCUUAAAACCCAGAAUGUCAGAGCUGGGGGAGGCAACCUUAGAAUUUUAGGGAUGAGAGGAUCCUUAGAACAUGGAAUAUCAGAGCUGGGAGAACCCAUAGAACACAGAAUGUCAGAACUGAGAGGGGUUCAUAGAACACAGAGUGUCAGAACUAGAAGGAAACUUGGAACACAGAAUUUCAGGGCUGAGAGGAAUCUUAGAAUAUGGAAUGUCAGAGCUAGGGGAGCCUUUAGAACUCCAACUGUCAGAGCUAGAAGAGAUUAUUUAACUCAUUUAGCCAGACAAGAGGGAGGACAGAGAGGGAAACAUCUCCUCUCAGCUCUCAGAAAGCUUCUGAAGGGAGAGAUGAGGUCCAUAUCCUCAGGGAAAUCCCAGUCUGAGAUGACUCCCAAACCAGGAAGUACUUCUAAGAAUAAGAGCGGUUCCAAGUGGCACAAGUUGCCCUGAGAGGUGGCACACUCCCCUUGGGGGUCUUCCAGGCCUCUUGUUAGGUCUGACAAAAUAGAGACCCCUUUAAGGUAUGAGAUGAUCCAGGCCCCUUGUAACUCUGGCAUUCUACAGUGCUGUGAGGGAAAACACGGUCCCUCCCUGGCCUAACAGGGACACAGAGCACACAUCAGUCUCUGAAAAUAAUAACCAUAUUCUGGUCUCCCAGGGAUGUGAGUGUUUAUUUGCAUAAGGAGUGCACCUGUGUAAAUACAAACAUUCUUCCAGCCAGUGCUGCUGGUCUGAGCUCUGUGGGAAGCAGCCAGCUGGCCUAGGACCCCAGCUGAAGACUGGCUGAUAUGAUGGGCAGAGAUGGGGCGGAGGGACAGACGUGGGCAGGGCACAGAGAGAGGGAGAGGAUGUACUCAAGAGCAAAGGAGGCCAAAUCCACAGGACAAUGGUACAUCCCAGAAGGUCCCUCUGGGCUUCAAUUUUCUCUCCAAAAUCAAGAGAAUAAUCCUCCUUCUCCCCUCUACUUUCUGGGGAUUCUGGGAGGAUAAAAGGAAAUAUCUUUGGAGAAACAUUUUGAAAGUCAAAAUACUUCAGACUAAGCCCCCUUAGAUCUAGCCAGUCAUUCCUCUGCUCUUGACCUUCUAGCAGCUCCUUAAUGCCUAAUGAGUCAAGCUCAAAUUCUUCUGCCUAGCAAUGGAGGUCCUCCGCCACCUCCCUACUUUUCCUAUUUCCUAGGACCAAAACAGAAGGGAAGGAUUUUUUUCUUUAAAAAUAAAUUUAAAAUAAAUAGUUGGGGAGGGUGCCUUUGGAAAGGACCUUUACUCCUGUCUCUGAGAAAAAGUAAAGAGAAGGCCCAGAGAGAGUCCCCUGCCCCCUCGAGGGACAGUGAGGUGACUCCAUGGAUAAAAUUCUGGGCCUGAAAUCCAGAAAAAAAAGUGCAAAUCCAGCCUAGGACUAAUUGUAUAACUCUGAUAGGAUCAACAUAACCUCCAUCUGCCUCAGUUUCCUCGGCUAUAAAGAAGGCAGAAUAACAGCACUUAACUCACGAAGUUGGUAUAAGAAUCAAAUUUUGUAUAGGUCUUAGCACAGUGCCUGGCACAUAGUAGGUUUGUCCGUGAACAGAUUUUAGGAUGUCUAUGAAUUUGGAAGGGGGGGUGGAAUGCAUCUUUCUUUUCACUCACCUGAACUUUAGCAUUUCCUUGAAUUAUUUAAAAAUAGGACCCUAACAAGGGUUCUCUAGUCUUCCUCAGACUGCCAACGGGGAUCUAUGACUCAAUAAAAGGGUUUUUUGGUUUGGUUUUUCAAAAAACCCUUUUAUAGAGCCUCUAAUCCCAUGGAAGAGGCAGGAAUGUGACAGAGAAGACUCAUUCCCUUCUCUCAUAUAGGAAAUUAAGUCCAGCCCUCUACUGAGCUCCUGGUCUGAAAAAGCUACAAAGUAAGUAAGUAUCUGAGGCAAAAUUUGAAUUCAAGUCUCCCUCACUCCAGGUCUAGCUCUCUGUCUAUUAAAUGGUCCGAAAUAGGAGGUUUGGGAGAUCAAAUGCAUUAUUCAGAAGUAGAUAGACCUGAAUUCAAAUCCUCCCUCAGAUACUUGCCUAUGCAAUCUUGAGCAAAUCAUUUAACCUCUUGCCCACCUCAGUUUCCCCAUUUGUAAAACUGGGAUAAAAAUAGCAUCUAAUUCCCCAUGUUGCUAUGAUGAUCAAAAUUUAAUAAUAUUUAUUAAACACAUUGCUUUGUAUAAUAAAUUUAAUAAUAUAAACUAAAUAAAAUAUUUUUUAAUUUUUUAAGCUCUAACUAAAUGUUAGCCAUUGUUAUUAUUAAAAGGAGGAACUGCAAUGUGAAGGUAAGCCUAAGGCCACAAGCGUACAUCAGCCUCUUUUUCUGCAUUCCUCAAAAUGCUUGCCAUUUACUACACGAAGAACCAGGGGACAAAGUAUAAACGACUCAGUGCAAGAUAUCCUUAUUCCUCAAGAUACAACUUUCAAAGCUCCGGCCCCAUUCAAGGGUCCCUAGCAUCCCCUUCCUAGGCAGAGAAUGGAAAAGGCUCUGAAAUUCAGCUGAGAACCAUGGGUAAGGGAGAUAAGCUCUCAUUCUAUCCCAGCAGAAUUUUCCAGGUAGAUAAAGAAGGAGGCAUUGGCGGAGACCUAUAGAGGACUUGUGGGGGUAAUAUUUGCUGAUAUCUCAAAAAAGAGUUUAAUAUUUUAUGUCUCAUUUUUAAAGUUUGUAUUUUAAAGUAAAAUUUAGCUGUUAAUUUUUUAAAAUAGGUUUCAUUUAGUUUGGGGUUUUUUUCAUUUGAUGAUGAAUAAAAAUGUCUUCUAUGAUUGAGUGUAUAAUAAAUAUUCACCUUCUAAAAAAUGAAAAACAAAGUUCCCCGAGUGCUUGCAUGAAUGAAGCCAGUUACCCGGGCCUAUUGGACUAUGGGUAAUCUUUUAAUAUUUUCAGAAGGUUGUAUGGGGAAAUAGGGACCGUGAAUAGAAAACUGGCCUUAAAUGAAGCCUGGAUAUGGGUUCAGAUCCAGUGACUGACAUACACAGGCUACUUGACUCUGGGAAAGUCUCUUAACCUGUCGGGGAUCUAGGCAACCAAUAGGGACCGACUUGCCUUUCAAAUUCCUGGAAGUGUCCUGACCCAGGAGUGCCCUGCACCAGUUAAAUCACAGGUCCGGUCUUCAUCUCCUACAUGGUAAGUGUUUGGUAUCUAUGAAACUAUUACUAUUAUUAUUACUAUUCUCUGUCAGAAUUUAGUAUCAUUUAUAUGAUAUAUAAAAUGUGUGGCACAUUAUACAAUGUAUCAUCUAUGAUAUAUAUAAUUAUAUUACAUGGGAAUUCUAUAAUAUAUAAUACAUUGUGUUUUAUUUUAUGUAUAAUACAUGUUAUAUAUUAUCUAUGAAAUUAUAUUAGAUACAAAUAAUUAUCAUUCAUAU